CCUUAUGGUAUCUCUGUCUUUGCUCUUCUUCUCAGUGAAACUCACGUUCUAGCAAAGAUGACCGCUUGCAUAUCUUCGCCAACACCUUCAACUUUUCUUCAAUCCUCUGUAGUUUUUCCAAUUCGCAGAGAGAAACCCACUUCGCUCUCAUGGUCUUCCUCAUUUCCUCAGCUGAACCUAUCCAUCAAUUCAAUCUCAAGCCCUUCAAAUAUCACUUUGAACCUGGGAUUUGUUGUUCAAGCUGCAUGGACACGGAGAUCUCGAGGUGAAGCUGCAAAGAAACCUAACAGAAAAUCAUGGAAGCAAAGGACGGAUAUGUACAUGAGACCAUUUCUACUAAAUGUUUUCUUUUCAAAGCGAUUUAUCCAUGCAAAAGUGAUGCAUCGCGGAACAAGCAAGGUGAUAUCAGUGGCAACCACGAAUUCCAAAGAUCUAAGGAACACAUUACCAUCCCUCACCGAUAAUAAUGCCUGCAGAGUUAUAGGCAAGCUGAUUGCUGAACGAUCAAAAGAAGCUGAUGUAUUUGCAAUGUCAUAUGAGCCCAGGAAAGAUGAGCGUAUUGAAGGCAGGCUUGGGAUUAUUCUGGAUACCAUUAAGGAGAAUGAUAUCAUAUUUUGUUAAUCUGUUGUUUCAGUUUGGUAUUUUGUUUCAGUUUGGAUUUUUAUGUAUUUGCUCGAUAUCUCAAAAAUUUAGAGAUUAAUGGUAAUUUAUAGUGAGAUGCGAUAUCUACG